GCCGCAACCACCGCCUCCCUCCCUGGCUCGCGCCGCCGCCGGGCCCCGGCCACAAAUCGCACUGCCUCCCUACCCCGACCUUCAACCGCGCCGCCGCUGCGUCCUCCCUCCCGUGCCGCCACCGCCACCACCCUCCCCACCUCGCCACCAACCGGCGCCCCGCCGCACCCCCGACCCCAACCGGAGACACCGCCUCACCUCCUUCCCGGAUUCCGCGGCAUCGUCCCCCACACGCUGCCGCUGACGACGGGAGCAACCACCGGUGCGGGUUGCUCCACCACCUACUGGCCUUCACCGCUCCCCUCCACCAGCAUCGGCCCCACCCCAGCCAUCGAGCGUCGGCGUCCCCCAUCUCCCUCCACCUUCCUCUGCGCGUGAUGGACGCAUGGCACGGGACCGUGAGCUCACCGGAUUCCUUCCCCCUACAGCCAGCGCCACCACCUACAUCCGGCGCCAUAGUCGUCCAGGUCGUUCACCUUCGCCGCCUCAGGCCAUGCAACUCCGCCCGUGUGAGUGCGCGCCGCACCUCCGCAGCUUCUCCGCUUCGAGAUGGCAGUUUCACAAGCCGCAGCCCAUGCGCCGCCCCCAACCCGCCCCAACCGAUGAUGCCGCUUCUGCCCUGCCCCCAACCGGCAAUGCCGCCGCAGUCCCGCCCCCAAUCGAGCACCGCCCCUGCUCCUUCAGGCGAAGGGCCCUGUCUCGCGUGCCUUGUUCCACUAGCCACCGGCUCCGUCCGCCGUCCUUUCUCUCCUGAACUUCUUCUCCGUCGGCAGGGACGAGCAGGGAGCUGUCAUCCAUGUCGUCCUCAGCCACCAUCAGCUUGGGAAAAACAGUUAAUUGCUGACGCAUAGGUCCAACGCCGAACCAGGCAAAUGUGCGGCUGAAGAAGUUCAAACAAGGGGCGCGGAGCAGCUGGAGGUCAGCAAGCAUGGGGGUGAAGCUAAAAUGGAGCAAACGCAAUCUUUGCGCAGUGGCGCACAAGCCCUGAGCAGCGACCACGCAUGAUGCGAGCAGCUUGAGAAGCAAUAAUACUACUAGAGACGGAAUCUCGAGAUGACUGAAGUCCAACUGUUGCGUUGGACAAGGUCCAUCAAAUUCGUGGUUGACAAAUUCAACCCUCUCAGGUUGUGCCUAUUAUUUUUAAUAUAUCUCAAAGAUGAAUGCAUAUUCCAUUAAAAAAAUGAAUGCAUGUAUUGACGAGAAUACCUCCAGGAAAUUCAAACA